AUGAUUAUGUGGCUUGCCAUGGAUACAACUACUGAGAACCUCGCUUCAAACUCUCUUCGCUCUGUGCUGGUUGCUGGUGCACCGAUAGACUCGAACAUGGCUAACAGCGCUAAGCGGAGGUUGAACCUCAGAGACCUAAGACAGACAUUCGGAAUGACAGAGCUCGGAGGAUUAUGCACGCUUGCGCAUUAUGAAUGUGACAAGAUCGAAACAGUCGGAGCGCCUCUUCCAGGAAUGCUUUUCAAGGUUGUAAACUGGGAAACAAAACAACUCUGCCCACCCAGAACUCCAGGACAUCUCAUGGUUCUAGGUCCACAAGUUAUGCCAGCCUAUUACAAAAAUCCCAAAGCUACAGGAGAAUUAUUCGAUCCAAGUGGUUAUGUCAAAACAGGAGAUGCGGCGUUCUACGAUGAAACUGGGCAAGUAUACGUUUUAGAUCGAAUCAAGGACAUCAUAAGAUACAAAGGAACCUUGAUCUGCCCGUCAGAGGUCGAGCUGAUGCUGAGAGCACAUCCAGGAAUCGAGGACUGUGCGGUGGUUGGGCGACAGGAUCAUGUGUCCGGUGAAGUGCCGGCCGCAUUCGUGGUGAAAAGCUCGACGCAUCCGCUACUUUCGUCAGCAGAAGUGAGACAGUACGUAUCUGGAAAAAUUGCGACGUUUAAAGAGCUCAGAGGGGGCGUGUUCUUCAUUUCCGAGAUUCCACGCACAAUCUGUGGGAAAGUGGUACGCCGACAGCUACGACAGUUUUGGGACAGAGAGAGGGCGAACUCCAAGGAUAUAAUAGCCAAGGAGGCAAAAGCACAAAAAGCUAACGAAAAGAUUGACAAGACACCUGUGAAGCGAGCCAAUGGCUCUGCAACACCGACAAAAAGAAUAAACAAAGCAGGAAAGAAGUAA